ACUCGAAUCUUCAAGAAAUCGGCACAACCUCGCUCCGACUCCGAGUCCUCUAUGCCGAACGGUCCAAAAGUCCAUGAUCACAAGUCAACACUUAAAAAUGUAUAACAAUCCUCUGCUCUGCAAGUGAUGGCCCGCAGACUCUGUUCCCGCGUUUCCCUUCUCCCAUCUCUUUGCAAAGUCUCAAAACCCCAUUUUCAACAUUCAUCUUCUCCAAGAUUAAAGACUCUCUAUGAUUCAGCUGGAAGUGGUUCAACAUAUCACAUUAAUUUUGGGUUUUGCCCAAAUUUUCAAGGAUUGCGAUCAUAUGCUCGUGGGCGCAAACAUUAUGCUCUUUUUGGCAAUGGAAAACCAGGUGAUGAGGAAUUCAGAAAAUCUUGGAAGAAAGAGAUGGAAGAAGAUACUAGCCUAUGGACAGGAAGUGAAGAUGAAAACGAUGAUGAAAAAGAUCCCAAAAGUCGUCUUGAAGAGGAAAUUCGGAGAGUGAGACAACAGGCAAAAGAACACUCUGACCUAAUUGAUGCUGAUGACAGUGAUGAAUUAAGAAGUGUGUGGUCUGGGAGUGAUGAGGAGAAGACGCUUUGGACUGGUAGUGAGGGCGAUGAUGAUAAUGAUAUUCCCACAGAAGCCCACCCAAAUGAAAGUAGUGACAAGUAUAUAGAUAAAUUGUUUGAGUUUGAAGAAAUGCCUAAAUAUCGAACACUUUCUGAAGUAUUGAAAGCUGAAGAUGGACUGGAAGAGUUGUCUCCAGGAAAGCAAGCUAGGAAAAUUGCAGUUGAGAAUGCCUUGAAAAAAUUGAAGAAAGGGCCAGAUGGGCGUUACACCAAUGUGUGGGAGGUCAUGAGUGAUAUAGACAUUCUUAUUGGAGCAUUUGAAAAUAUUGUUUCGGGACCAGAGUAUGUGGAGCUUAGACAGGGAGGGCCGAAGAAAUUGAAUAUGCAGUUUUUCAAGGACAUUCAAGCACGAAUGAGGGAUCCAAAUUAUAAGUUCUCGCCUGAGUUAAAGCUGAAGCCAAAGAAUAAAUUAGUUUCAAGAAAGAAGUGGCAGAAGACACAAUCUAGACGGAGGAAAGCACAGAAGCGUUAAGCUGUAAUUGUUUCCUUUCUACAAGUGGAUAGAUGUCGGGGUACCCCUGCCCAUUGGUCAUCAUCAUCGACGAUGGAUGGUCGUACACGUAAGUCUUAAUCCCUGUA